AUGUGCUGUGCUGCUGCAGCGUCCAUCACGGAGAGCAGCAGCAGCAGCAGCAGCAGCCUCGCCUCCAGCAGUGUGGUCACUUCUGUGGCCCCUUCAGCAGUGGAGACUCGGGGCUGGCAGCAGCAGCCGCCUCAGCAGCAGCCGUGGCAGCACCCGCUGCCGCCAGCCCCCCAGCAGCAGCAGCAGCAGCAGCAGCCGCUGUACCUCGGAGGCGGCAAAGCCUUCAGCGCGUACGCAGCAGCGCCUGCAGAGUCAAGUCCCUUUCCCGCAGCGUCGUUUUCAGCCCCGGCAGCAGCAGCAGCAGCUGCAGCAGGCCCGGCAGCGGCAGCAGCAGCAGCAGAGACAAACAGCCUGCUGGGCAGCGAAGUCUUCGUGAGCGCCCGAGGCAGCAGCAGACUUGGCCGCGGAGUUCAUCUGCCGCAGCGGCAGCAGCAAAGAAUAAGUCGGAGGUUUCAGCUAUACGCUAAAUCCGUGGAUAGCUACAAGGCCAUUGCCAGAAAGGAACUCCUGGAGAUAUAUCGCAUUUGCCGCCGCGAGGACUGGCCGCUGUGUGCAAAGUGGCAGGCGCUGCUGGGGUGUAUGGGGACCAAUGUUGCUGCUUCUGCAGUGCUAUCGUUUGUGCGGCAGCAGCUGCUGAGCAGCAGCAGCAGCAGCAGCAGCGCAGCAGCAGCAGCAACAGACGCAGCAGCAGACCCGCUGCUGCUUGUCACAGACGGACUCCUCGUGCUGCUCAAACUCAUGGUCGAUUUACAUCGCAACAAAAGGCCCCCAGUUGUUGACCUUCUGGGGCGGCUGUUUGUUUGUGGAGGCAACCGAGGAGAAGCUCCUGCUCUUGCUGAGAAGCGCAUGGAGUACGCGCACACGGACAGAAGCAUCUGCCGCUUCUUUCUUUCCGAAUUGCUGCGGCUCUGCGGCCCCCCAUUUGCUUCUUAUUUUUGUUUGUCUUUGUUGCGGCUGAUAGCCCAAGUUAUAUCUACGGAAAAAAGCGCCUUCAGGGGCAGCGAAGCUGAGGGAAGAAGACUGCGGACUGCUGCUCUCUCCUUUGUAGAGCAAACCCUCAGGUUUUGCGACGCGCCCAGCCCUGUGCCCGCUGACCGUCUGGGGCUGCGCAUGCGGCUUUUGCUGCAGGUCGCCGAGCUGGCUCAGGCAGUUCGCCUGCGGCUCCUGGCGCUGCCGCAAGAAGAAGCUUGA